AUGAAGGUAGCGGUAUUAAUUGAUCGUGGAGCAACCUAUAAUUUCAUUACUUCGGACCUCGUUGCUAAGUCGAAGUUGCCCAUUUUCGAACCGACUAAGUAUGGGGUUGUUAUGGGAUCCGGAAAUAAGCUUCCGGAAGUGGAAUUUGUAAGGUCAUAG